CCGCUUUCUCUGUCAGUGGACUGGCCUGGUGUGGAGGGGGUGCAGAAGAGGAGAGGCAAAGAAACAGCAGCAUAUUGGAAACCAGCUGAUCAGUGCUGUGGUAUUCUGCCACAGAGGAAGAGGAGGAGGAGAGACCCUGACUGGGGUUAGAAAAAAGAGAGAAGUGAGAGAAAGAUUGAUAGAAUACAAAAAAAGGAGAAUGGAAAAGAAAUGUCUUCUUCAUUUCAUGGACAACCGGGUGCUUGUGUGAAGAGAGGAGCUCUGUGGAAAGAUGUGAGAGCUGCUGGAUGGGUACAAAUCUGAGGAAGAAACACUUGAAAAGAGGAUCUGGGGAAAAAUAACAACGGCAGUCCUUGGCCGUCGUUGAUUCAACAGAGGGUCGAGGAAUCCUGAGGAAAGAGGAGUGAUGUCUUGGCUGUCACCGGUGUCAUGGGCCAAAUGGACGUGGACAACAGUGCGAGGGGGAGAGGGAGAAGUGGAGGAUGAAGAGGGGCAGGAGGCCAGUGAGGAGAGGGAGCGAAGACAGGAGGAGGAGGAGGAGGAGGAGGAGGACAGAUCACAGGGCUGCAGCUCUGACUCAGAGGGUAAUUUUGGCACCCCUGAAGCAGCAACUCCUGUCCGCACCCUUUCGACCAUCCAGGGAGAGCUGGAGAACAACAACACUGAUGCAGACAAACCAGACUUGGAUGAGGAAGAACACCUGAUAGUGACUGCUCCUGUCGAGGAUCAGGAUAGUUUCCCCAGCCACAGCAUGGGUCAAGAUGAGCCUGCAGUGCCCAUGGGUGGGCCUCUGGAGAUAAACAUGCAGACGCUAGAAGCAGAACAAGCAGAUGAUCAUCCAGAAGCUUCAGGCUCUGUUCCUGUCUUUGAUUCACCAUUAAUGACUCCUCAGCUCUCUAAAUGCACAGCACUAUCCUCUGAGCUAACCCAAGCCCCAGCCCCUAUCCUAGUCACUGAUCCUAUGCUGGAUCUGGCUGCUGAAACAGCACCAACUCAAGUACCUGCCCCUGCCCCUGCCCCUGCUCCAUUCUUAUCUCCAGCUCCAGCACAAGCACCUGCUUCAGCUACUGCUUCUUAUUCUGUUGCAGUACCAGCUUCAACUCCAGAUCCAACCCAAGUACCACACUCAGAACUGAACAGUGAACCUGCACCCUACCGAUCUCUGGAGCCCCCAGAGGAAAAACGUCAUGCUGUUUCAGAAUCAGAGUCCAAUGGCUCCCAGUCAAAGCCUCAAAAGACUAAAACCAACAAAUCUAAGAGUCCAUCUCUGAAAACAGAUGCUACAUUGAACGAGAUCACUCAGACAAAUGAGGAACAAGAACGUCCGGUUCCAAAGGCCACGUACAACUUUGACCCUGACCACCUAGAUAACAUCUCUAACCCUUUUACCAGGGGUGGAUCCAAAAUACCUAACUCUCCUUUAGAGGAGAAACCUCAUGCUGUUUCAGGACCAGAGUCCAGUGGCUCCCACAAACACACAGAGCCUACUGAAAAGACUAAAACCACAAAAACCAAGCCUGCUUCUCUGAAAAUGGAGGAUACAUUGAGUGAGAUCACUCAGACAAAUGAGGAACACGAACAUCCGAUUCCAAAGGCCACGUACAACUUUGACCCAGACCAGCUAGAUAACAUCUCUAACCCUUUUACCAGGGGUGGAUCCAAAAUCCCUAACUCUCCUUCAGAGGAAAAGCCUCCUGCUAUUUCAGAACUAGCGUCCAAUGACUCCCCCAAACAGUCAAAGCCUACUGUAAAAAAAACUAAAACCAGCAAAUCUAAGCCUCCAUCUUUGAAAAUGGAUGCUACAUUGAAUGAGAUUGUUCAGGCAAGUGAUGAUCAAGAACAUCCUGUUUCCAAGGCUACAUAUAACUUUGAGCCUGACCAGCUGGAUGACAGCUUCAACCCUUUUACCAUGGGUGGAUCCAAAAUCCCUAACUCUCCUUCAGAGGAAAAGCCUCCUGAUAUUUCAGAACUAGAGUCCAAUAGCUCCCCCAAACAGUCACAGCCUACUCAAAAGACUAAAACCAGCAAAUCUAAAUCUCAGUCCCUGAAAACUGAUGCUACAUUGAGUGAGAUCUCUCAAGCAAAUGAUGGAAAAGAAAUUAUGUUUCCCAAGGCCACAUACAACUUUGACCCUGACCAACUGGAUAGCAGCUUUAACCCCUUGACCAAGGGUGGAUCCAAAAUCCCUAACCCUCCUUCAGAGGAAAAGCCUUUAGAAGCUAUUUCAGAACCAGCAUCCAAUGACUCCCCCAAACAGUCAAAGCCAACUCAAAAAACUAAAACCAGCAAAUCUAAGCCUCCAUCUUUGAAAAUGGAUGCUAUAUUGAAUGAGAUUGUUCAGGCAAAUGAGGAACAAGAACUUCCAGUUCCCAAGGCUACAUACAACCUUGACCUUGACCAGCUGGAUGACAGCUUUAACCCCUUUACCAAGGGUGGAUCCAAAAUCCCUAACUCUCCUGCAGAGGAAAAACCUCCUGCUAUUUCAGAACCAGCAUCCAAUGACUCCCCCAAACAGUCAAAGCCUACUCAAAAAACUAAAACCAGCAAAUCUAAGCCUCCAUCUUUGAAAACGGAUGCUACAUUGAAUGAGAUUGUUCAGGCAAUUGAUGAACAAGACCAUCCUGUUUCCAAGGCUACAUACAACUUUGACCUUGACCAGCUGGAUAACAGCUUCAACCCUUUUACCAAGGGUGGAUCCAAAAUCCCUAACACUCCUACAGAGGAAAUACCUCCUGCUAUUUCAGAACCAGCAUCCAAUGACUCCCCCAAACAGUCAAAGCCUACUCAAAAAACUAAAACCAGCAAAUCUAUGCCUUCAUCUCUGAAAAUGGAUGCUGCAUUGAAUGAGAUUGCUCAGGCAAACGAGGACCAAGAACAUUCUUUUUCCAAGGCUACAUACAACUUUGAGCCUGACCAGCGGGAUGACAGCUUUAACCCCUUGACCAGGGGUGGAUCUGAAAUCCCUAACUCUCCUUGUGAGGAUAAACCUCAUGUUGUUUCAGAACCAGAGUCCAAUGGCUUCCCCGAACAGACAGAGCCUAUUAAAAAGACUAAAACCAUCAAAUCUAAGCCCCCAUGUCUGAAAAUGGAGACUACUUUGAAUGAGAUUGCUCAGGCAAAUGAGGAACAAGAACUUCCAGUUCCCAAGGCCACAUACAACUUUGACCCUGACCAGCUAGAUAACAGCUUUAACCCUUUUACCAGUGGUGGAUCAAAAAUUCAGAACUCUCCUCCACCAUGUGGUUCUAACUCUUUACCACGGCUUGAGCCACUUGGUAGCUCAUUACCUGUCUGUGAGCGCAGCACAGCAGCAGAAUCAGAGGUGAUGGAGCCUUCAUCCGAGACAAAACCUGUGAUGUUGGAGUUUAGCCUGGAUGAGGGGAAGGUCAGCAAGCCACCUCCGAGGAAACUGGGUGGAAAAAAGACAACCAGCAAAUUUGGAGCUAAGAAGCAGAGGCCCAAAGGAUCAGAGGCUUCAUGCAAACCUGCACAAGAACCUGCAGUGUCAGAACCAGCAUCUCAACCAAUACCAGAACCAGCAUCCCAGUCAAGAUCAGAACCAGUUUCAGAUCCUCUUCCAGAAACUGCUUUGCCAGUUUCAGAAAAUUUAGAAACUCUGAACCUUGACGAUAUUCCCACUAAAUCAGGAGCAUAUAACUUUGAUCCCACUCAGUGGGACGAUCCAGACUUCAAUCCGUUUGGUAGUAAUAGCAAGGUUAGCAGCUCUCCGGUGCUUCCUAAGGGCUCCUACAGCUUUGACCCAGACACUUUUGAUGACUCUGUGGACCCUUUUAAACCCUCCAAGAGCCUGAGCACAGAGGAUUCAUCUAGCAGUGCUGCUCAGCCUGAGAAGAUGGUGAAAGAUGGAGGCAAACAGAAAGCUGGGCACUUGUCCGGUGAGAAGAAAGUGAGGCAGAUUCCCAAAAAAGGCAAAGAGAAGACAAUUACGAAUUCCUGCAAAGUACAGAAAUAUGAUGAAAGCCAGUCUUUGGUGCUUGACGUGUGCAAUCAGGAGGAAGACGAGGGGGUAGUUCAGACUCCAGAGAUCACACAGCGGGUUCAUCACGCCACAGAUGAGGAGAAGUUAGCCUCCACCGGCAUCACGGGCCAAAUCACAGACACCCCAGACGAGAGAGGAGAACCUGAAUACAAAAAAGCACCAGUACAAAAACAGCCAAUCAGUGAUGAUCCUGAGCCCAAGCUUUCCAGACACCAGGAGGAGAAGGAGACAUGUAGCCUGAAAGAUGAUAUAAGCGAGAUAUCCAUGAAGCCAACAACAAAAGUGACCAGCAGUGACGCAGGAGACGCAGGCGCACUGAGCCAGGACACCGUACCUCUGAGUGAGAUGGACAAGGCAGCAGUUCUCACUCUGAUCAGAGAAGAGAUCAUCACCAAAGAGAUCGAGGUCAGCGAGUGGAAGAGAAAGUACGAGGAGAGCCGAGCUGAGGUUUUUGAGAUGAGGACAAUUGUUGGAGAAUAUGAGAAGACAGUCGCACAGAUGAUUGAGGAUGAGCAGCAGCAGAAGAGCCUGUCGUGCAGUAAGUCAGUGAGGCAGGUGACCUUAGAGCGAGAUCAGGCCGUGGAUGACCUCAACUCAGUGGAGCGCUCCUUGGCUGACCUCUUCAGGAGGUAUGAGAACUUGAAGGGAGUCCUUGAAGGCUUCAAGAAGAAUGAGGAGGUGCUGAAGAAGUGUGCACACGACAACCUGAUGAGGCUCAAGCAGGAGGAGCAAAGGUACCAAACGCUCAAGGUGCACGCUGAGGAGAAACUGAACAAGGCUUAUGAAGAGAUAGCCCAUAUGCGUGCUAAGGCCGACUCUGAGGGUGUCGCACUGAGCGCCAGCCUGAGGAAAGAGCAGAUGAAGGUGGAGUCACUUGAAAGUUCAGUGCAUCAAAAGAAUCAAGAGAUCGAGGAGCUCACAAAGAUCUGCGAUGAACUGAUUGCCAAAUUGGGAACAAACUAAGACUCUGACUGCAGCAUGCGGUGUAACUUCUGUACAUGAGCACACGUCAGCACAUCUUUCUGUCAGCACACCAGUUUAAACAAAAGAGAUAUUAUUGAAAUACAAGAAUGUUGCACUCGCUCAAAUUAUUAUCAGGCUGAAAUAUGAAACCAGGGGAAAAAAUAUGUAAAUAAACAAGCACAACGUUAUCAUAAUGGGUAUUUUAAAUAUUGUGAAGGAGAGAAGGUAAUGGUAAUAUUCCACCUAUUAAUUAUUGACUUGACUUUAUUGACUUUAUUAUUGAUUAUUUAGUUAAAGAUUUAAAGAAUGGGGUUAAAUGGUUAAUUCAACCUGUUAUAUCAGAGAAUUCCCAGAAUCAUUUUAAAUAAUGUGGAAACUGUGGAAAAGAAGACAUUUAAGGACAGAACAGUGUCAUAAAAUAAGGAACAGUUUCCAGGAAAGCUAAAUCAAUCCUUUGACAAUGAUAAUUAGUGUAGUGAGAUUGUUGGCAUUUCCUUUGUAACACAGGUAUUUCAGCUCUUCUGAUUAUUUUCUCUCGUUAGCACAUGAGCUUCUAAAGCUGCCUUUACAUUUUGCCUUUGUUGUUUCAAAUACUUUGAAGUUAAAACACAACGUUUUGACAUCUUGCAUAUUAUGCUGGGUUAAUUAAUAAUCAGACCGUAUCCCAGGUUAUGUAAUGGUCACAAACACGAGUGGAGAUGAAAAUGUUCAAAUUAAAUCACGUGCCAUAUUUCUUAUUCUCUCACUCUGCAUUUGAGUGUGGAAAAGUCAAAACAAGCACAUUCUGUCGCUGCCAUGUAGAUAUUUUCAGGUAUUUCACUUGUGAGUAAAUCUUUUGCUGCUGUGCCUUUUGUUUACUACAUUUAAAAUCUUUAACGACUAUCUACUAUGUUAAGGCUUUUUUUUUUUGUUGUUUUGUUUUUUUACACUUCCUCCACACUGUGUACAUAUACAGUCUGAAUGCUUCACCUGCAGUUACAGAUCAAUAAGGCAUGUGCUAAUAUGUUGGAACUUUUAAAGUAAAGGCUUGUGUUUUGGGAGCAAAUCAUUAUUAGGACGUAAUGGAUCCAUAAAACAUUUUCUGAUCUGACAUUGCUCAGAUAUAAAUCAUAUAUGUGUAUAUAGAAAUGACAGUUUCCAUCAGCACAAUCAUUUGCCAAAUGUCAGUGUAAAGUGAAGUGGGUUUCAGUGUGCAGUGGUGUUACAGUGAGGUGCUUUUCAGUGCAAACCCAUCGUUACACACCGUUACGUGUGAAUUUUAUACGUUAUGGAAAGAGUAUUCUGAAGUUCAUUCUUAAUAUUUGUAUAAACUGAAGAUUGAAGUAUAUACCCAGAUUAUUUUGUGCAUUCCUGAAUAAAUUUAAUAUCAUGCCA